AUGGCAGACUGGAGCCUCCCAUUCACCUUGGAGCCGGGCAAAUCGUGCGGUUGGUGCGGUUCCCUAGACGGUCAGGCCUAUUGUGGGGCCAAUGGCGAGCGAUGGGACUAUGCGCCCAGGGGCUUGGCUGAGGCAAUCUGCGGCAAAGUUUGCGCAGCUCAUACCGAGUGUGCCGGUUUUCAGUGGACAGGAAACAAAUGUUACUAUAGGAAGAGUACCUCUUGCGGACGAGCUGAUUGGAGCGUCUCGGAUUGUUGGACCAAGAUUGACCCCGAUGCCAUGAAGGUGUCCUUUGAUCGGCUUUCAGGCGCGUGGUGCUUGAAGUCGAAGUCGAAGUCUUUUGCACCUUUGUGCUCCUCUUCUGUCGCUGCACAUCCGCUGGAGUUGGGUGCGGGGCUGCAAGAGGGUGUGGAUUACACGCCUUUGGAGCCAAUGACCACCGCCUUUACGGGCAAUGGGGCAGUGGAGGUCGGGCGUGAUCAGAUGGACCAAAGCCUUUUGGGUCAGGGGCAGGGGGCCAAAUCCCGGGCCGGAAGCAACGGCGGCUUGGGCAAUAAAAAGUUCAAGAAGCUGCCAAAGAUCCCGAAGGCCAAGUUUGAGAUGGCAAAGUUUGAGGAGGCGGAGUUCAAGCCUUUCGAAGGCGAGAGGAAGGAGUUGGAGAGGCGCAGCGUCACAGAGACCGUCUUGAACUGGUCGCCAGAGCCUGUGAGCUACGCUCCUCACUGCCUGGCACGUGAGAGUCGGGAAAAGAUCAUUGGUGCUGAGCCUGUUGAGGGCGAGCACUACCUCAGCAAUCAGGAGAAGCAGAAAGACGUUGUGGGUGCUUGCUAUCAUGCUCUCGGAGUGGACAGCACUGGCGCCGCGGCAGUGGAAACUUGGGGAGAAGACGGGGUACCAGGAAAGAAGAACACGGAUUGGCAAGAGCCACACGUAUGGUCCAAGGCCAAUCCAUCCUUUCCUGGCUUGACCGCUGAUGCAGUUUGGGACUGCAGCACGCGUGACAUCAAUCGAGGCUGGAAGAUGGCGAAUUGGGAGAGGCAAACUGACAUGGCAACAGAUUACUUCGAGAACGCCUUCGAGCCAGCUUACAAGACCAUUUGCUCUUCCAUUGUUGGGGUCAUAACCUUGGCUGGAGCCAUAGCUGCCUAUGCCGGCACCAAGAACGAAGUCAGCGACAUUUGUGAAUCCAUAGGUGCCAACGCACAAGGUGGCGCCUUGUAUGCGCUCGAGGUUACACAAGACUACCGCAACAAGCGCUUCAUUGAGAGCGACUUCGCUGACUGCAACCCACUGCAGAACACCAUGGCCAAAGUUUACUGCGAUCUCGCUUGCGUGGAAGACGCAGUGAAGAGAGGUGACCAGCAGAUUCUGAGUUCCAUUGGCACGAUGAAUCACAACAUACUCUCUGAGAUGAAGGCCUUCUUUGACCACUACGUCUCUGAGAUUUUCGUGCGCCUCACGCACAUCGAAGACAAAUCCAGCCAUGAGACUCAGCAGCUGAAGCAGGCUAUGGACACCUAUGCCAAGGCUGAUAUUGAUGCCGUGAACUCCAAUGGCAAGCAGAUCAUCAGUGCCAUGAACUCGCAGCACUCUGCCAUCAACAAAAACCUUGGGGACGCCGCGAAGCAAAUCUUUGAUCUCAACCAUGAGGAGCACAAGAUCAUUGCUGCAAAGAUGGAUGCUCAUUUGGACGCCACAACUGACGCAAUCGACAAGCUGCAGGAGUCGACGGUGCAGGGCUUCAGCGAUGCGUUCAGCGAGUUUUCGGAUUCCCUACAGGAUGAUUCUGGAAGUCUCCUCCAG